AUGCACUUGAGCAAGCUUGCCACUCUAUCCAGCAUUCUGGUUGUGUCUAUCGCUGCAAAGUGGGGCCAAGCAAAGACGUUCGAGUCACUUCCACGCACUGGGGUCGUCGUCUCGACCAUCUCGUUCGAAACCAGUGAGGAAGGCGGACUUUUCAAGGCAGAGGAGGAAGCUCCAGGAAGGCUGUUGAGAAUUCAGGGCAAAAGUGACGACGAUGAUAACAAAGAUAACGAUGACGAUGACUCGGACGACGACAAUGAUGAUUCGAAUGACGACAACGACUCAAGCUGCUAG